AUGAAGAACAAGGAGGGCUGGGACGGAAAAAUGCGAAUGGAGCGAAAGGCGGUUAUUACAAACCCGGACGCGCUGGAGGACUCAGAUUACUCGGAUCCGGAUGCACCCCCGGUCGAUGAGAUUGAGGCUGAUGAAGAUCUAUUGGCAGAGGAAGAUGUUAAUGCAGAGGAUAUCGACCUCGUGCAUUGCCGGAUAUCGUCAAUCUCUGCUCUUAAAUUAGAACGCUUCCCUAAGCUUCAGAGACUAUGCAUGCGCCAGAAUCAAAUAUCACGCAUCAACUUUCCUCCAAAUGUCGCCGCCAGUCUGACCGAACUUGACCUCUACGAUAACCUCAUCUCCCACAUCAACGGCCUGGAGGAGUUCCAUAACUUGACAAGCUUGGAUCUGAGCUUCAACAAGAUCAAGCAUAUCAAGAAUGUCUCGCAUCUGAAGAAGUUGACCGAGAUUUUCUUUGUGCAGAAUAAAAUCUCCCGUAUCGAAGGCUUGGAGGAAUUGACCGAAAUCAAGAACUUGGAAUUGGGCGCGAAUAAGAUUCGGGAAAUCGAAAACCUGGAAACACUGACGGCGUUGGAAGAACUCUGGCUUGGGAAAAACAAGAUCGUCGAAAUGAAGAACCUGGACAGCCUCUCAAACCUUCGCAUCAUCUCCAUCCAAUCGAACCGCCUCACCAAAAUCACGGGUCUUUCCGCGCUCCCAAAGCUUGAAGAGCUCUACCUCUCUCACAAUGCAGUAACCGACCUUUCAGGGCUGGAAUCCAACGAGACACUCCGCGUGCUCGACUUUUCCAACAACCAGGUCUCCCAUCUUGAACAUCUUUCUUCACUAAAGAACCUCGAGGAGCUGUGGGGGUCGAAUAAUCAGCUUGCUAGCUUCCAGGAAGUUGAGCGCGAGCUCAAGGAUAAGGAGAAGCUGCAAACUGUUUACUUCGAGGGUAACCCGUUGCAAUUGAAUGGGCCGGCUGUUUAUCGGAAUAAGGUGCGCUUGGCGUUGCCGAACAUCCAGCAGAUUGAUGCUACGUUUGUCCGAGUUUAG